UCCCCCCCUCCCUCUCCCCCGUCCACCCCCAUCUCGUCCGAUCAUCCGAGACAGAAGCUAGAGAAGAUGGCAAUGAACACGAACAUCAUCUUUGUGUUCCUCUGCCUUGCUCUUGUCACCCUUGCGGCCGGUGCGAGCUUUGACUGCGACAUGGCGCCUGCCGACCCGCAGGAUCGCCGGACAAACAAGGAACAACUGGUCAUCACCACGUUCAACGUCGAGUGGCUGUUUGAUGGCGUGACCGGCCCGUCGUCGUGCCCAUGGAAGACGGCGGAGGAGGCGGACCGGCAUCUGGAGCUCGUGGCGACGUUUGUGGCGACGAUGAACCCCUUGCCCGACGUGCUGAUGAUGCAGGAGGUGCAGGACUGCGACAUGCUGCGGCGACUGGCGAAGGCGCUUCCCGGCGGCGAGGCCGUCUACCGCGCGUACAUGGUCAAGGGCACCGACACGUCGACCCAGCAGAACACCGGGAUGUUGACCAAGAUCGAUCCCGAGACUCAUGUCUUCCGCACCAGCGACCGCUUCCCGUACCCGAUUGGCGGCGAGCAGUGCGGCUACAAGGGCUCGGACGGGACCCAGGGCGUGUCGAAGCACAUGUUUGCCCAACUCCGGGUUGGCUCGCGCCGCCUCGCGCUGGCCAACAUCCACUUUCUCGCCUUUCCCACCGAGUCGACCCGGUGCGCCAAGCGCGAGGCCCAGGCCAACGUCAUUCGCUACCAGGUUGACGAGUUCCUGACCAAGGGCAUGGACGUCAUCAUCCUCGGCGACCACAACGACUACUCGGCCGACGUGCCAGACUCGGCCGACAACAAGCCGAGUUCGCGAGUCGUCAACAUCCUCCGCAACGGCGUCAUCAAGGGCGCAUCGAGCCCGGCUGCCAACGCCACCACGCCCAGCAUCACCGAGUCGAUGUCGUUGGAGGAGGUCUCUGCACUUGUCAAGCAGCCGUCGCGCUACACAUCGGCGUACGGGACCGACCUGGUCUCGCAGAUCGAUCAUCUGCUCAUCUCCAACUCGCUCAUCGGCUCGCUCUCGCACGCGUACAUCGACCACGGCUUUCCGCGCGGCGUCGUCUCGGACCACUGGCCUCUCACCGCGGUUCUCAAGACGAGCGACUGGUAGCCAGCCACCCUGAUAAACUCGUACUUCUACUUU